CAUGCAGGAGGGGGAGUAUAUCAAGGAACACAGGGGUCUGUACAAGGACGUGAUGAUGGAGAAUCACCGGCCCCUCACAUCACUGGAUGGGCCCAGUAACAGAGAUACCCCAGAGAGAUGUCCCCGUCCUCUGUAUUCCCAGAAUUGUACAGAGGAGAAUCACAGGAUCCCACAGGAGGAUCAGGAAGAACGUCUGUCUAAUAUAAAGGCAGAAGAUAUAGAUGGAGAAGAAGAGACGUAUGUGACUGAUAUAAAGGUAGAAGAUACAGAGGGAGAAGAAGAGACGUAUGUGACUGAUAUAAAGGCAGAAGAUAUAGAGGGAGAAGAAGAGACGUAUGUGACUGAUAUAAAGGCAGAAGAUAUAGAUGGAGAAGAAGAGACGUAUGUGACUGAUAUAAAGGCAGAAGAUAUAGAGGGAGAAGAAGAGACGUAUGUGACUGAUAUGAAGGGAGAAGAAGAGAUGUAUGUGACUGAUAUGAAGGCAGAAGAUAUAGAGGGAGAAGAAGAGACGUAUGUGACUGAUAUGAAGGGAGAAGAAGAGACGUAUGUGAGGGGUGAUCAGCAGUGUAAGGAGGAGGAGAUCCCUACAGAUAUCAGCACAGCAGAUGGACACACAAGCAGGAAUAUCUCAGAAGGACAUCUAAUGUUAUCCCCGGAUUGUGACAUAAAAGAUAAUGACAGUAGACAGGAUUCUCCAGGAGAUAAUCCCAUUACCCCAAUUAUACAUCCAGCUCUAUCAGCUGAUCCCCCUGAUACUGGGAAAUGUUCUUCUGAUCACUCUGAUAUUGGUGCAUCUGUUACAGCUCUGACAGUAGAUACAGUGUUUCCCUGUUCUAUAGAUGCCAAAUGUUUUACACAGAACACAAAGCCUAUUAACCCACACACAGGUAAGGCAGGUGAGAGGCCACUGAUAUGUUCAGAGUGUGGGAAAUGUUUUACACAAAAAUCACAACUUGUUACACAUCAGCAAAGUCACACAGGUGAGAAGCCAUUUCCAUGUUCUGAGUGUGAGAAAUGUUUUGUAUCGAAAUCACAUCUUGUUAUACAUAACAGAAGUCACACAGGUGAGAAGCCAUUUUCUUGCUCUGAGUGUGGGAAAUGUUUUACAUGGAAAUCACAACUUGUUACAUAUCAGAAAAGUCACACAGAUGAGAAGCCAUUUCCAUGUUCUGAGUGUGGGAAAUAUUUUGCACACAAAUCAGAUCUUGUUAUACAUCACAGAAGUCACACAGGUGAAAAGCUGUUCUCUUGCUCUGAGUGCAGGAAAUGUUUUUCACGGAAAUCACAUCUUGUUAGACAUCAGCAAAGCCACACAGGUGAGAAGCCAUUUCCGUGUUCUGAGUGUGGGAAAUGUUUUUCACGGAAAUCACAUCUUGUUAGACAUCACAGAAGUCACACAGGUUAGAAGGCAUUUCCAUGUUCUGAGUGUGGGAAAUGUUUUGCACGGAAAUUAGAUCUUGUUAUACAUCACAGAAGUCACACAGGUGAGAAGCCAUUUUCUUGCUUUGAGUGUGGGAAAUGUUUUACAAAGAAAUCAGAUCUUGUUAGACAUCAGAGAAGUCACACAGGUGAGAAGCCAUUUUCUUGCUCUGAGUGUGGGAAAUGUUUUACACGGAUAUCCCAACUUGUUACACAUCAGCAAAGUCACACAGGUGAGAAGCCAUUUCCAUGUUCUGAGUGUGGGAAAUGUUUUGCACAGAAAUCAGAUCUUGUUAUACAUCACAGAAGUCACACAGGUGAGAAGCCAUUUUCUUGCUCUGAGUGUGGGAAAUGUUUUACACGGAAAUCCCAACUUGUUACACAUCAGCAAAGUCACACAGGUGAGAAGCCAUUUCCAUGUUCUGAGUGUGGGAAAUGUUUUGCACAGAAAUCAGAUCUUGUUAUACAUCACAGAAGUCACACAGGUGAGAAGCCAUUUUCUUGCUCUGAGUGUGGGAAAUGUUUUACAAAGAAAUCACAUCUUGUUAGACAUCAGCGAACUCACACAGGUGAGAAGCCAUUUCUAUACUCUGAGAAAUAAAUCAGCUCUUGCACACAAUAAACAUCACUCAGGUGAGGAACCAUUUUAAUCUUCUGGAGUAUUCUCAUCAUUGCCAUGUGUUGUUCUUCAAUGUUCUUAUCCUAUCUCCUAUGCUUUUUGCAAUCUACAUGUUACCACUGGGUGAAAUAAUC